AUGGGUCCCUGUACGGCCUCCCAUUGCUGCUGUCUCCAUCGCCACACUCUGCCAUGUGCCACUUUCAGGUCUCCUCACACUCCUGCUGGUUUCCAUUUUGUCAUAGGGUGCUGUAUGGCCUCCCAUUGUUGCUGCCUCCACCGCCACACUGUGGCUCCAAACACUGGUUUUGGCCCCGUGAACAGCCAAAUGAGUGAAGUGUGCGGUGAUUCUAAGAUUGACGGCACUCAUCUGCAUGUUCAUACUGACUGACAGUAUUAUUUCUCUUCCCCAGCAGACUCCAAGGGCAUUUAAAUUAAAGGUACAGUGUUCUGCACUAAUAUUA